AUGUUUUUAAAAUGUAUUUUAGAUGAAAAUGACCAUGUAGAACAUGGGGUUGAAUCAGAUAUAUUGGACACUGAAUCAUCUGCAAUAAAUGAUGAAAAUGACCAUGUAGAACAUGGGGUUGAAUCAGAUAUAUUGGACACUGAAUCAUCUGCAAUAAAUGAUGAAAAUGACCAUGUAGGACAUGGGGUUGAAUCAAAUACAUUGGACACUGAAUCAUCUGCAAUAAAUGAGAAUUCUGUACAAUAUCUGACUAUUUUUAAAGAUGUUUAUAUUAUUUAUUUUUUUACAAGCAUUUUGGUGGUAAAUACUACACUUGAUUUGAAUUCAGAAUACCCUACUGAUAGAGGUAGAUUCCCUGACAACCUUACUGAUUCUAAUUUAAAGAAACAAAUCAUCGCAUAUGGUCCUUGUAAGCCAAUAAACAAAUAUCUUUUGAAAAAUGUCAGUUUGAAAAAUUGUGGUCGUUAUUUUUCAAUUGAUUAUUAUCACUUGACUACUAAAACUGGAAUGAAAAUUCCAAGGCAAUGGUUAUGUUUUUCAGUUAUAAUGAGUAAGGUAUACUGUGAAACUUGUUGGCUCUUUGCCAACAGAUUGAACGCAAAUUUCAAGUAUAACUGGAUUCAAGGUAUAUGUGACUGGCAAAAUUUGAGUACCAAAAUAAUGAAACAUGAAAAAUUCCAUCAACACUUAGAAGCUGUUCAAAUAAGAUUACUUUGGGUAAAAAAUGAAACAAUUGAAAAAAAUGUAGAAAAACAAAUAUCGAUUGAAGCUCAAUUUUGGAAAGAUGUUUUGACCAGAUUAAUAAAAAUUAUUUUAAGUCUUACUGCUGGAAACUGUGCUUUAAGAGGAAAUGAAGGGAAAAAAAAUACUGAUUCAGAAGGAAAUUUUCUACGCACCGUUAAACUUAUUGCCGAAUAUGAUCCUGUAUUGAACAAGUUACUUUACAAUGAAGAAAUGAAAAUAAAAUAUCUUAGUUGGAAAAUACAAAAUGAGCUCAUCGAACUAUUGGCAUUAAAUGUUAAACAAUUAAUCUGUGACGAGAUUCGAAAUGCUCAAUGCUUUACAAUAAUAAUGGACUCGACCCAAGAUAUCACAAAAGUAGACCAGGUUAGUUUAAUUAUAAGAUAUGUUAUAGUUGAUUAUGAAGAAAAAUCUUUCAAAAUAAUGGAAUCUUUUUUGGGAUUUUAUCCAUUAAUUAAGCAUGGUGCUGAAGAUCAUGUUAAUUUAAUUUAUGAAAUAUUGAACAAUUGUAAAUUGGACAUAAAAAGAUGUAGAGGUCAAGGGUAUGAUGGGGCAUCAGUUAUGAGUGGUGCAUAUACUGGUGUCCAAAAAAGGAUUUCAGAUGUCGUACCAAGUGCUUCCUACAUUCAUUGCACAGCUCAUAGCCUCAAUUUGGUUAUUUCUGAUAUUGCUAAAAGCUCUCAAAAAGUAGCUUUAUUCUUUGAUCUUGUACAAGAUAUAUUUCUGUUCUUUAGCAAGAGCGCACCUAGAUGGGCUUCGUUGGCUUUUGGUGAGAAGACCGCAGAUCAAAUUAGAAAUAAAGUAUUAAAAAAAGUAUUACAAUCACCACAAACCAAUCUUCACAAGGCAUGUGAUUUAUUGCAAGGAACAAUUUUAUCAAUUGAAAAAAUGAGAGAUGGUUAUGAUGACGUCGUUGGGUCAGCAUCUGAAUUAUGCCAUAAAUGGGGUAUAUCCACCACGAAACCCACAACCCGUAAAAUAUAUUCAAAACAAUACUGUGGAGAAAUUCAAGGAGAUAGACGAUUAGAUGUGCCGGAAGAAAAAUUUUGUAUAGCAAUUUUUUAUCCUCUCAUUGAUACAGCUUUAUUUCAGUUACGAGAUCGAUUUAAAGGACUUCAUUCGGUUUCAAGAAAUUUUGAAUUUUUACUUCCACAAAAUAUAGUUACCAUGAAAGAGUCAGACAUAGUUAAAUCUUGUUAUGAUUUCAUAUCAUUUUACAAUAAUGAUGUGACAUCAGAUUUAAUAAGACAACUAAUUUCAUUAAAAGAAUUUAUUAAAAAUACAAAAAUUCAAACUAUUCAAGAAUUGUCCUCUUUUAUAAUUGAAUAUGAUCUUUCAUCCCUUUACAAUCAAAUUCUCACUGCUUGUAUUAUAUAUUUAAGUCUCCCAGUUACCGUAGCUACGGCCGAAAGGUCAUUUUCCAAAUUAAAACUCCUCAAAAACUAUCUUCGUAAUUCUAUUUCGCAAGAUAGAUUAACUGGCAUAAGUAUACUUAACAUAGAAAAAUCAAGGACAAAAGAACUUGAUAUUGAAAAACUAAUACAUGACUUUUCAAAUAUGAAGGCAAGGAAAAAAAACUUUUUAAAAUAA